AUGUGGAUCAUCGAUUGGUGUAAGUGGGAGAUAGGGAACAUGUGGUGGACACGUGAAGCUGACCUCUACUCCUCGAAACAGUCUGGGACGUCCUCGCCAGCCUGGGCCUGGCUAACAAGCACGCCAAACUGCUCUUCCUCGGUCUCGACAAUGCCGGAAAGACCACCGUACGCGAUGCGCCUGUGCCCAACCGCAACACUGCAAUUCAUACUAACACCAAUCGCCUCAUAGCUCCUCCACAUGCUCAAGAACGACCGCGUAGCCAUCCUCCAACCAACCCUGCACCCCACGUCCGAAGAACUGUCCAUCGGCAGCGUCCGCUUCACCACCUUCGACCUCGGCGGCCAUCAACAAGCCCGUCGUCUCUGGAAAGACUACUUCCCCGAGGUCUCCGGCAUCGUCUUCCUCGUGGACGCCAAAGAUCCCGAACGCUUCAGCGAAUCCAAAGCCGAACUCGACGCCCUGCUCAGCAUGGAAGACCUCGCAAAGACACCCUUCCUCAUCCUCGGAAACAAGAUCGACCACCCGAAUGCCGUGAGCGAGGAUCAAUUGAGACAUGAGCUGGGAUUGUAUCAGACGACGGGCAAGGGCAAGGUGCCAUUGGAGGGAAUCAGGCCUGUCGAGAUCUUCAUGUGUUCCGUGGUUAUGCGACAAGGAUAUGGUGAUGGUAUUCGCUGGUUGAGUCAGUAUGUCUAG